AUGCCUGAUGAGCACUACAUAUGCAAUAAACAAACCGUGAACGAAUUCUAUGUGGACAUGACGGCCAUCAAUUCAAAGCCACUUUACGGAACUGUAUAUCGAUUUUGGAUACGAAACAUCGUGACCGUCUUCGUGCCUUUCACUUUACUCACAUUCAUCAAUUUUCAAACACUCGUCAAUUUGAAAGCACAAUUGAAAAAGGCGAAAACUGAAGAAGGACGACGAUUUUCUAUGCGAUCAGAGAGCAAGAGCAAAGUCCGAUCAGCUACAUGGACUCUUUUGCUCGUCUGCCUACUGUACCUCCUCGCUAAUCUACCGAAUGUUAUCGUGACAGCAUGGGAAUUCAUCGACAUGAAGUCGUUACAAACUGAAUUCUAUGCAGUUUAUAUGUUCUGCAACGAUCUCGUGUCGUUACUACUCACUCGUCGUAACCAGCCGUGUGCCAUGCAGACCUGCCAAUCUAUCCUGUCGCUUUACGUCCAUGGCUUUGCGAAUAUUACUCUGCAAUCCUGA